GGACCAGCCCAGCCGAAAGCGCAGGUCUGUGUGGGUCCAGAGAUGGUUAAAGUCCGAAAGCAGGCAGGGGAGUUCCACCGUCUAAUUCAAGAGCUUCGACUGUUUGGUGAGGAAUACCGAAGUUACUUUCGUCUGGACCAAAGCCAGUUAGAUCACCUGCUCCAGAUGGUUGGAGCCAGGAUCACUCGGACGGAUACCAACUACCGGGAGUCCAUCAGCCCAGUUGAACGCCUGGCGAUUUGUCUCCGAUUCUUGGUGACAGGGGACUCCUACAGGACCAUAGGAUUCAGCUUCCGAGUUGGACGGUCCACGGUGGCAGGCAUUGUCCCCUCUGUGGAACAAGCCAUUUGGGACUGUCUGGUUGGUGAAUACAUGCCUGUCCCCAAGGAGGAAGACUGGAGGACCAUCGCUGCCGAGAUCCUGGAGAGGUGGAAUUUCCCCAACUGUCUUGGCUCCAUUGAUGGGAAACAUGUAGUAAUCCAGGCUCCACUGUGCUCAGGUUUGCAAUUCUACAACUACAAGGGUACAUAUUCAGUUGUACUCUUGGCUGUAGUAGAUGUCAUCUACUGUUUCCGUGUUGUCGAUGUUGGUGCUUACGGCAAGGGAAGUGAUGGCGGGACCCUCCGGGACUCUGCCUUUGGCCAGGCACUUCAGGAUGGCACCCUGGAUAUUCCACCACCUGCAUCACUCCCUGGGGCUGAAGACCUGGGACCUGUUCCCCACGUCUUUGUCGGCGAUGAGGCCUUCCCUUUAAGACCCAACCUCAUGAGGCCCUACGCUGGACACCAGCUGCCAUUGCCUAAGCCUGUAAGGAUCUUUAACAAACGACUGUCCAGGGCAAGGUUAGUUGUUGAAUGCGCCUUUGGGAUUCUGGCAGCCCGGUGGAGAAUGUAUCGGAGAGUGCUUGGUCUCAGCCCCUCAAAUGCUGAUGCCUGCGUGAAGGCCACAUGUGUUCUCCACAACUACCUGUGGAGGACAUUCCAGGAGCCGCUCCGGAUAGAGAUGGGCAUGCCAAAUGGUCACCUUCCUGAUGUCACCAGGGCAGGUGCCAACAACACCCCCAGACAGGCACUCCAGGUGAGGGAGAAGCUGACUACCUACUUCUCAUCGCCAACAGGUGAAGUCCCAUGGCAGUAUGCCGUGGAGUGAAACGGCACAUUUAAGAGCCCAAUAACACAAAGGUUAUUUUAAGAACCAUUCACCAUUGUCCAUAAAAUUGCAUUUUUCAAUUUGGGAGUAAAGACCACACCUUAACCCCUUCCCUCUCACAUUAACGUCAGUAUUAUACACACCUGGCAUGGUACAUCAGGUGAGCGGGAGCACUAAUUCAGGUUAUACGACAUACAGUUAGUAUGAUAACAAAGGGAAAGGGUAACCUAGGGUCCAUACAAAUAGUACAGUUUACCACCAUGUUCACUGGCCUGACAAAAUACAGGUGGGAAAAAAAACUAAUUAGGAAGAGAAUGUAUUUUUACUCUCAUCUUGUCUUAGAUCAGCAAAGGUGUUGGGAAGAAAUAAGCAGAUUAAGUCUAAAUUAGAUAUUAAAUUAAUGUUUUCAGUCAGUUUAUUAAUAAGUAUUCAAGUACAGGAAAGAACAUGACAAGAACAGUGUGUUGUAAAAAAUGUUUAAAAAAA